AUGUGUCCAACGAUUCAGAAAGAUAUAGUGAACUGUUUUGCAGAAGAGCUAGUUAAAUCUGUUAUUGAAGAAAUGGGUCAUGAUGUUUUUGGCUUAUUGGUGGAUGAAUCAGCGGAUGUUUCAGAUAAAGAACAAAUGGCAGUGGUGUUUCGUUUUGUUGAUAAAAGAGGGAUGGUCAAAGAAAGAUUCAUGAGUAUUACACAUGUGAGUGAUACAGCUUCAUCAUCUUUGAAAGCUGCGAUUGAUUCUUUGUUUGCAAAAUAUGGAUUGAGCAUAAAAAAGGUGAGAGGACAAGGUUAUGAUGGGGCUAGCAAUAUGAGAGUGCUUGAAUACAUUGAGAUUGAAGGUGCAGAAGACUUGAAAAGAAGUCAAGCAUGUGGUCUCCUCAAGACUAACGGAAACUUGUCCAUGGUGCUACAAAGAAGAGAUCAAGAUAUUUUAAAUGCUAUGGAUUUGGUAAACUCAACUAAAAGACAGCUUCAAAAGUUUAGAGAUGAUGGUUGGAAUUCUCUCAUGAAUAGAGUUUCUUCUUUUUGUGAGGAACAUGAUAUUGAAAAGGUUGACAUGGAGAAAGAUUUUGUUGACUCAAGAAGACCAAGAAAUAAAAAAACAGGAGUUUCAAAUAUGCAUCACUACAAGGUCAAUUGCCUAUUUGCUGUUUUGGAUUUGCAGCUCCAGGAGUUCAACGAUCGUUUUAAUGAGGUGAACACUGAAUUGCUUAUUUGUGCUUCUUCUUUAUCUCCCAUUGAUUCGUUCACUGAGUUUGACCACUCAAAGUUUAUGAGGUUAUCUAAGUUCUAUCCAGACGAUUUUACUCAUGGGGAGUACAUAUCUCUUGAACAAGAAUUAGAUAUCUACAUUGAUAAUGUUCGAAAUGAUGAAAGAUUUACUCAUUUGAAGUGUCUUGGAGAACUUGCUCGUAUGUUGGUGGAAACUCGAAAAAACAUGUCACAUCCUUUGGUGUAUAGGCUGUUGAAGUUGGUUUUGAUUUUGCAUGUUGCUACUGCAACUGUUGAGAGAUGUUUUUCAGCGAUGAAGAUUGUGAAGAGUCAUCGACGCAAUCGGAUUGGAGAUCAAUUUUUGAAUGAUUGUUUAGUUUGUUUCAUCGAAAAAGUUGUAUUUUUAUCUAUUACAAAUGAAACUGUGAUGAAGAGAUUUCAGGAUAUGAAAACUCGUAGAGUGGUUUUGUAA